AUGUCUACCACUGUCACCGAGAUCCAAGAGAUCGCCGCUCAGACCAACGAGUCCUUCACCAUCAGAGACUUGGUCGAUUUCUCCGGCCGCACCUACGGUGACUGGCGCGAUGAGUUCCACCGAAAUGGCUGCGUGGUGAUCAAAAAUGUUAUCAGUCCGGACCGGGCGAAGUACUACUGUGACAAGCAGAUCGAGUGGCUGAAGAACUUCGACCUGGGAUUUGACGAGAAGGAUGAGAGCACUUGGACUGCCGAGCAUCUCCCGGUCAGCUUCAAGGGAGGGUACAAGCCCCGACACAGAAUGUACUAUGCGUACGCCGCCACCCACGAAAAGAUCGCAUGGGAGGCCCGCACUGAGCCGGCAGUGGUUAAGAUCUUCGAGGACCUGUGGGAGACGAAAGAGCUGCUUUGCUCCUUCGACGGCAUGAACAUCUCUCUACCCCGCCGCAAGGACCUAAACUGGAGCCCAUGGCCGCACUGUGAUCAGAAUCCCGACCGAAAAGGAAUGCAAGCCGUCCAAGGCCUCCUCAACUUCGCCCCGAACGGCCCCAAGGACGGAGGCCUCAUGCUGAUGAAAGGCUCCGCCAAGCUCUUCGACGAGUUCUUCGCCCAGAAGCGCGAUCAGUACGACCACGAGGAUGCCCCUCCCCCGGAGCUGAAGUAUAUGGACCUGUUCUUGUUCCACGACCGCGACCUCGAAUGGUUCAAGGAGCGCGGCUGCGAAAUGAUCAAGGUAAAUAUGGAGCCCGGCGACUUCGUCCUAUGGGACUCGCGCACGAUGCACUACGCCUGCCUGCCGGAGGGCGACCAGAUCCGACACGUGCAGUACAUCUGCAUGACGCCACGGCGAUUUGCCACACCGCGGGCGCUGGAGCUGAAGAAGUUCUGCUUUGAGAACUUCAUCGGUACCACCCACUGGCCACACUGCAACAUCCGACCCGCGGCUGAGAAGCCCAUGCGAGAUGGCCAGGUGUGCCCCAAGGACCGCGCCGAGCCAUUUGAGAAGCCGGUCAUCACGGAGCAGGUGCUGAAAUUGGCGGGUGUCAAGGAGUAUUAG